AAACAUUGAAACACCUUAUUCUCGUACAGUUGUACAUACCGAAAUUAUUUGCAAUUGCUUGGUAUUACAAUUUUGGCUUGUCUUGUGCUCGUGAGUUAUUUACUUUCUCUGAAAGUUAAAUAUCUAUUUUGGAUAACUAUUCAUUCACCAAACAGAAUAAUGUCUGCUGGAGCAGUAGUACAAAAAUUAGCAAAACCACAAUUACGUGGACUUUACGAUAAGAAAACCAAGUUCCACCUCGUAUUCAGUGUUGUACUAUCCAUUGGAGUUGGUUUGACAUACAAAUAUGCCAUUGGUGAACCUCGAAAGAAGGCUUACGCAGAAUUCUACAAACACUAUGAUGCUGACAAGGACUUUGAAAGAAUGAGGAAAUUAGGACUUUUCUCAUCUUGUCCUGCCGAUGAUUAAAAAUACCUAUGUCAUAAUGUAACUAGUUGUUCUAUGUAAAUUUAUUUGAUCAGAAGAGUCAAUGAAUACACUUUAUUGUAUUGAUAAAAUAUAAUUAAUUAUUAUGCGCUACU